GCCCGCCUCCUUCAAUGACUCAAGCUAAAGGACGGAGGAGAGCUUAACGAGGAUUCUCAGCGGCAGCGGUGCCGUCAUCGUCAUUAUUGUUAUUGUUUUUAAAGGGGAAAUAAAUAACAAUGGGCACCACCGACUCCAAACUGAAUUUCCGGAAAGCAGUGAUUCAGCUGACAACCAAAACACAGCCCGUGGAAGCCACAGAUGACGCCUUCUGGGACCAGUUCUGGGCCGACACCAGCACCACGGUGCAGGAUGUUUUUGCACUAGUUCCAGCUGCAGAGAUAAGAGCUCUGCGAGAGGAGUCGCCCUCCAACCUGGCCACUCUGUGCUAUAAGGCCGUGGAGAAACUGGUGCAGGGCGCCGACUCGGGCUGCCCCUCGGAAAGGGAGAAGCAGGCGGUCUUGAACUGCACCCGCAUUCUGACCCGCAUCCUCCCUUACAUCUUUGAGGACCAGGACUGGAGAGGAUUCUUCUGGUCCACGGUGCCUGGCGCCGGGCGAGCCGGGACGGAGGAGCUGGACGAUGACGAAGGAGCUCGACCCCUGGCCGAGUCGCUUCUCCUGGCCAUCGCCGACCUCCUCUUUUCCCCGGACUUCACCGUGCACAGCCACAGAAGAGGCCCGGACUCAGUGGAGAGCAUGCACUCCAUCGACAGCUGCGAAUACAUCUGGGAAGCGGGAGUGGGCUUUGCCCAGUCCCCCCCUCUGAACUACAUCCAUGACUUGAAUCGGACGGAGCUGCUGAGGUUGCUACUCACCUGCUUUUCCGAGCUCAUGUACCUGCCCGCCUCACCAGACACCACUGUCCUCAACCCCUGGGUGACUUUUUUCUGCUCCGCUGAGAAUCGGCAUGCUUUGCCUCUCUUCACCUCUCUGCUCAACGUGGUGUGUGCCUACGACCCAGUGGGCUACGGCAUCCCGUACAACCACCUGCUGUUCUCUGACUACCGAGAGCAGCUGGUGGAGCAGGCGAUGCAGAUCCUCAUCGUGACUCUAGAGCACGAUCGAAGGGUUUCCCAGUGCAUGUCCUCUCCGUCCAGUGUGGAGGAACACGAGUCCACCGGCCCUGAAAACCUGUUUGUCAAUUAUUUAUCAAGAAUCCACAGAGAGGAGGACUUUGACUUUGUGCUGAAAGGCUUAGCUCGUCUGCUCACUAACCCUUUGACUCAAACGUAUCUGCCCAAUUCCACCAAGAAGAUCCAGUUCCACCAGGAACUUCUGGUGCUUUUCUGGAAGCUUUGUGACUUCAAUAAGAAAUUCCUCUUUUUUGUCCUGAAGAGUAGCGACGUGCUGGAUAUUCUGGUUCCAAUACUCUACUACCUUAACGAUGCAAGAGCUGAUCAAUCCCGCGUGGGACUCAUGCACAUCGGAGUGUUCAUCCUGCUGCUGCUGAGCGGGGAGAGAAACUUUGGCGUGCGCUUGAACAAGCCCUACGCCCUCCACGUGCCCAUGGACAUCCCCGUCUUCACAGGCACUCACGCCGACCUGCUCAUUGUGGUCUUCCAUAAGAUUAUCACCACGGGCCACCAGCGUUUACAGCCGCUCUUCGACUGCCUGCUCACCAUCGUCGUGAAUGUGUCUCCGUAUUUGAAAAGCCUGUCCAUGGUCGCGGCCAACAAGCUGCUCCACCUGCUGGAAGCCUUCUCCACCAGCUGGUUCCUGUUCUCUGCCGUCCAGAACCACCACCUCGUCUUCUUCCUGCUGGAGGCGUUUAACAACAUCAUACAGUACCAGUUUGACGGUAACUGUAACCUGGUGUACGCCAUCAUCCGCAAGCGCAACGUGUUCCACCAGUUGGCCAACCUGCAGUCGGACCCCGCCUCCAUCCAGAAGGCUCUGCAAAGAAAGAGGAAGUCGCCCGACGUCAUCUCCCGCACCAGCUCCCAGGAGACGGUGUCCAUGGAGGGUUCCCGACCCGCGGUGCCGGCAGAGCCUGGCACUCUGAAGGCCAGUCUGGUUGCCAUACCAGGUAUUGAAAAACUGACUGAGAAGUCUCAGGUGUCAGAGGACGGGACCAUGGUGUCCGUGCCAAAGAUGGAACACUCGGAGCAGAAUGCGGCCGCAGGAACCAGCGACACAGAGUCCAACUCAGGCCGAGACAAUGAAGAUGUGUUCUACACUGAAGCUGAAAUGGAGAGAAGACGUGUGUCAAGUGCUUCUUCAGCAUCACUCUGGGCUCCCACACAAGACUGGGUCCUUUCCUGGAAGUGCAAGCUGCCAUUACAGACCAUCAUGCGUCUUCUCCAGGUGUUAGUCCCUCAGGUGGAGAAGAUCUGCAUUGACAAGGGUCUGACGGAUGAGUCCGAGAUCCUCAAGUUUCUCCAGCACGGGACGUUAGUGGGCCUGCUGCCCGUCCCUCACCCCAUCCUCAUCAGGAAGUACCAGGCCAACGCCGGCACCGCCAUGUGGUUCCGCACCUACAUGUGGGGCGUGGUCUAUCUGCGCAACGUGGACCCUCCCAUCUGGUAUGACACGGACGUGCGCCUCUUUGAAAUUCAGAAGAUGUAGACGCCUCAUCCCAACUUCGAUGGACCGGAUCCCAAGUAAAACUGUGUUACAUUUGCUUCUUUACUGUAAAGUCAUCAUGACGAUGCAUGUUUUGGGUAGCUCGUUAAGACGCCAUAAAAGGAAGAUAUGUAUCCCAUUCGUCACUAUUGUCCGCGGAUUACAUCCGUGUUUUGAACUGAAGAACGGAUGCGAAGAUGACUGCACUUUUGUUCUGGUUUUUGGAACGUCGUCAGUCUCAGAAAUCAGCGUGCAGUCAGUCAAGUCGGACUUGUUUAAGGCAGCGCCACAGGAAGUCAUAGUUUCCACCAGGUAACUGAGUUCGGGGUGAGGUGUUAUGCUAAUGAGCGUGUUUUCUUUCAUAUCACAGCUUUUUGGAGAGUACGCUCCGAGACGAGAUAUUAUAUCCACGUUUAACUUUAAAAAUGACACCAUUUCCAUGGAUAUUUCCUCUUCCUGACAUGCUUUAAAGUGAACUUGCACCUUCUCUCGUUGUGCUGUAACAGUAAAUAGUUUUUAUGUAUAA